GCUCACUACAAGAAAUAGUUUAAAACAAUUUUCAAAAUCAACAAGAAUUUUUUAGUUUAUUGAAAAUAAUUGAAAAAAAUGCAGAAUGUAAAUAAAUUUGAUUAUUUCAAAAAUAAUAAUGAAGUGCCUCUUGGAAGUUUAUCAUUACAAGUGGACUAUGUACCUAAAAAAGUUGGAAACUCUUGGUUACAGUGGGCAGCUACUGCCAGUGUGUGUCAUUUUCCAAUGACAGUUGGGACAACAUAUUCCUGGAACUUUCCUGUACUACCACACCUAAAGAGUAAUAAUUCUGAAAUUUAUAUGACGGAAGUCGAGGAGGCAUGGAUGGCUACAUCAAACGAAAUUGGAUCAUUUACCAGCAACAUAGUUUUUCUAUUUAUAACAAGUUUUUUAGGUCGAAGUAACUGGUUUCUUAUGAUAACCAUACCUUAUAUUAUUACAUGGUUGAUGAUUUUUUUCGCAAAAAAAAUUAAUACGUUAUGUGUAUCACGAUUCGUCAUAGGCAUGGUUGCUGAUUUUGUUUUCGCAUUAGUACAAAUGUACAUAGGAGAAAUUGCUGACAAAGAAAUGAGAGGAAUCCUACUUAUUGGAAUAAUGACUUUCGUCAAUUCUAGCCAAAUGUACCUGAAAACAGCGCGGAUCAUAUUUUCUUUUGAGACGAUGAACAUAAUGAUGUUGAUCGUAACAAUUGUUUGCUUUGCAAAAUUUUUCUUUGUGCGAGAAAAUACUUAUUAUCACCUAUUGCAAAAUUUAAGAGAAAAAUCCCUAAGAAACAUGACGAAGAUAAAAGGUGCCAAUGCACCAAAAAUUGUAGAUUCGGAAUUGGAAAGAAUAGAGCAUUCCGUAAAGGAGAGUCAAGAAAAUGAAAAAUGGGAGUUCCAAAAAUUGUUUGUUGUUAAAGGAAAACGAACAAGGCUGUUUAGUGUAUUUCUGGCUUGGAUAGCAAAAUAUUUAUCAGUGUCAACAUCUAUAGGUGCCUUUACUCAAGAUGCUUUUAAAGAAACAGAAAUCGCCUUAGGACCCGAAAAGUGUGCAACUAUAAUUGCAAUAAUUGGAGUAACAAUGGCUCUACUAGCUACGUUCAUUAUUGAAUGCGCUGGCAGAGGAAGUUCUUUUUUAUUAUCAGGCUUAUUUCCUGCUCUGUGUCUAGCAAUACUAAUAUUUGUUUUCUUGAAAACCUAUCUCGAAGCAGAUGUUAAAUCGAUCACUUGGCUACCACUUGUGGGAUUAAUUGUCUACGAAAUUGCAUUUUCCUUAGGACUUUCUUACGUACCCGUCAUUCUAAUGUGUAAAAUUUUUGCUCUUAAUAUCAAAACGCCGGCCAAGUUUUUCACUCACACAACAAUGACUAUACUUGUCAUUAUUAUUAAAAUUUCAUUUCAAGGUUUGAAUAAUUUAUCAGGUAUUUAUACCACAUUCUGGAUUUACACAAUCUGUAUUUUUUUUGGCUCAAUUUUUUAUUUUUACAUCACGCCUGAGGCAAAAGGAAAGACCCUCGAAGAAAUUCAGGAUAGCAUACACGCAAAAUUUAGAAGAAAGUUUCACGAAAACGAGAGGGACAUUAAAGAAAAAAUACUACGUACUAAUAUUUCUAGUUAGGCCUUGUAGAUUAAAAAUACCAUAUUAAGUUUAUGAAGUUAUUUCACAAGUUAUUUAUAGAGCUUUUAUACUAAACACAAUAUGUGCGUAAUUAAAUAAACAAUUUUUUAUUAAUUGCAGGUAAAAUAUUUAGUAGAUGUUUCAAAUACAGAUCCCAAAUUAUCUAAUUUUAUCAGAGAAUAAAAACUAACUUUAUUAGUUAAAUAGAUAUUC